AUGGAGCUGACAGCCAUCAACAAGUACAGGUGUAUCCUCCAUUCAAGGCGCAUUGUUAGGGUCUAUUGCGACCUCGAUCGAACAACUCAGACACCCCAAAUUCACCUGUUACCUUUUGAUUCCCCUAUCACGGCUUUCCCGUCCGGUCGACCGCUCCGCCAAAAGUCUCAACGACACGCGAAAAUCCGUACUGUACCACUAACGGACCGGCUGCCCACACGCCUCUUCGACGCAGCGCUCCGCACCUCCGCCCCGAAAAGCUCACACAAGUCAAACCCGCGCCGAGCUUCGAGCACCAACCCGGAGGACCGCGCAUAUCCACAGCUGCAGCAGGGCGAUCGAGAAACGUCUUUGCCAGUUCGACGCUACCCUCUCCUUGGACUAGACGUUGGCCAUUCCUGUGGGACCCGCAAACGCAGCCACCCUCAUCCCGCUUUUUUUCAAGUCUCUGUCGCCAAACUCAACCCGGGCAAGGCAGCAUACAGGCCACCCCAGGAAGAUCCGUCAUAG